AUGGUACAGAAGCAACCAGAAACUCCGAUUAAACGUGAACGAAACGAGGAACACAUUCCCUGCAUCGAUGGAGAAGGAAUCUAUCGUAAAACGUUGCCUGUACCACCGCAAACCCAUGCCUCGAAACGCUGGUCCGACUCGUUGCCACCCAAUGAACGUGUUUUCUACCAUCAAACGCUGAGUUCGGCACGGCGCGCAGCGCAUUUUGUUAAUCAUGGUAAAAUCCCCCUAGAUUCGUUAGACAUAACGCUUGCCGCCCAGUACAACCAUUCGGAUGAUUUGUUUCUUGGCAAAAACGACGUCGUGCUGCAGGAGGAAACGUUGGGCCGCAGUACUUUCCGGCGGUUGCGGAAUACACGCGAUUUGAGUCCGGAGAAGAUCAUCCCACUAAAGCAUCCGCUGCUCAUUGGUGGAUUGCGGGAAAAAUCAUCACCGAACAGUGUGAAGCUGAUGAAUACUGGACCACACACACCGCUAACGAAUCCGGGCUAUUCCCGCCAGUCGGGUGAUGGAAAUUUCUUCAAUUAUUAAAUUAACACCCUAACGUUUCGGUAAAUAAAACACGUCACAGACAGAUAGUGGAUAUUGUUUAGUAGUUGUUUAGCUUUUUAUUUGAUCUUUUUACGGCUCCACGUACAUUGUCGACAUUGGAGGGGCGUGCACGACAAUACACCAUGUGGACUAUAUGUUACUAGAAGCUAGUACAGAUAAUAAACAGGUAGAAAAACGAAAGCGUGUUUAUUGGAUUGAAACUCUUCUAACACCAGCUCGCCUCUAAAUCAUAAUGCGCGAGAGCUUCAACUUUUACAAAAAGAAAAAAUACUAACCCUAAUAAUGUAGAACUGAAACCCAAAAUCUAACCGUUUACCACCUUUAAACCAUUAGCCACGUGGAUCAUGGUUUUCAAUUACAAUUGCAAUUGUUUUAUAUUUUUCGUAGAAACUGUGUGU